UGAAUCCAUUUUACCGGUACAACAUAGAUCACUUCCUCUUAUCGUUUUUUGCCGUUGCCGUUUUAAACAUUUCGAAUAAAGUGCACGGACUGGUAAGACAGCUGUUGGAAUGUUCUCGAUGUCACUCAGUCGCACUAGUAAUUGUGACAGAUUUCGGUGUGGAGGAUUUUCCGAUCCACGAAUGCUCUACCUCGCAAAUGUGUUUUAGCAUCUUAGCAUGCUUGUUCAGCGCAACAAAAGGGGCAUCUUCACUGCCUUCCAAUGCUUAACCCUUGUUUAUUUUGAAAUUCAUCACGCAUUGUGAGUCCGAUCCGAUAUAAAUGAGGUCGCUUGUUAUUUGAGUCCACACGUUUUUUGUGCAAAGAGUUUCAUAGAGCGGAUCGAAAGUUGAAAGCGGGAGUGUGUAUUGUUAUUUUUAUGUCCUUGAUUUAUUACAGGAUUCCUCGAAAGUCAACCCACAACGCCGUCAAUAUCACGUUAACAGAUGGAUCCAGUGGAGGGCCCCACAGCAGCAGCGGUCACUUGUGAGUUCUGUGGAACGCAUUUCGAGACGCGACGUGGUCUCUCCAGCCACGCCAGACUGCAUCUCCGGCAGCUCGGUGUGACGAUGUCAGACAGCAGCGGAGCUCCAAUCGAGCUCCUAUAUCAACUCAUGGAGGACAGAGAGGGAGACCUCACCAAUUUAAAGUUGAAGGAGCCCUUGCCUGACUCCCCUCAACCUCGGACUUCCUCUCAAAAGUCAGCCCAAAAAGGAUCUAGAACCUCUUUAAAAAGCAAUAAUAGCAAAACACCCACUUCCAAGGUGAAAAGUAAAGUCGCGACAAGCACACAGGCCGGAUCAAGUCUGUGGACUUCCCCGAUCCUGCCGUCAUCUCCUUCUGCCGGACCUGAAGGAAGCAAACAAUUGAAGCCAUUCUGGGCCCCGCUGGAAACCGAUGCUCCCAUCACGCUAGCAUCAGACAAAGAUGAUGAAGUCCACGUUUGCCAGAUGUGCGGCUGCUGGUUUGAAUCCCGCAAGGGUCUCUCCCGUCACGCUCUGUCUCACUUACGACAGCUAGGAAUUCCACCAAGUGCUGUCAAAGGGAAUCCUAUUGAGUUUCUCAGCAACGUCAUGGAGAGUGAGGAUCACAAGCUACUCAGCUCCAAAGAGACAGAGCUGCUUGGAGCUCCUCUUCUUUCUAAACCCUCUCCUAAACGUUCUCCUGAACCCACAUCCGAACUCAUGUCGCCUCCAAGCAAACAGAGUAAAACAUCCAAGGACUGCAAAUGUAUCUUUUGUGGAGAGGAGUUUGGAAACCGCAAAGGACUGGCCAGCCACGCCCGCUCUCACCUGCGGCAGAUGGGGUUGCUGUAUCUGGUGGGAGAGGGCACCGCCAUCAGCACCAUGCAGGAGCUGGUCCAUAGUGGCAUUUUAAAACGCACACAAUCGGACUCGCCAUCCUCUCCUGCACCUUCACCUCUUUCCCCUGAUCCAGGUCAUUCUCACACCUCCAUUCCCUCGUCGUGUCCAAGUCCGACAAAGCCAACUCAAGGCGUGACGCCCCGACCUCCGAAAGCUAAAAAAGGCUUCCGCUUAGCAGUCGACCCCCUUCAGAGAAAGCCCAAGCAGGAACCUGUGGACAUGGAGGUGUCACCAUCGAAGGAACUGGUCAGCAGCUGUCGGAUAUCAACAGAGGAUGCUGUUCCCGCAAAUACUAUCACUGCAGAAGACCAGUCCCCACCAACAGUCCUCUGCAAUUACUGCGGUCAGCUGUUUGAGACUCGCAAAGCUCUGUCCUGUCACGCCCGCUCCCACCUGCGCCAGCUCGGCCUCACCUGGUCCAUCAACACAUCGCCGCUGGAGCUGCUCAGAGAGUUCAUGGCUCAAAGUGAAGACGGCACACCCACAUGGGACUCCUCGGCCCUUAAGACUUUGGACCAGCAACAGUCCGCGGAGCAGUCCUCCAACCCCUACUCCUCACCCCUCAAUUUCUCCAUGAAAGAGAACUCUUCGCCUGCUAAGAGUGGAGCAGCUCCUGUUGAUAAAACCUGUGAACUUUGUGGGUUUGAAUUUGAGAACCGCAAAGCCCUGGCCAGUCACGCCCGGGCCCACCUCCGUCAGUUGGGCCUCUCCGAAUGGAAGUCGGAAGGGGCCAACUCGCCGAUUGAAUUCCUUAGAGACAUCAUGCGCAGGGACCCGACCAAAGUGGCGGCUGUGAUGCGGCGCUAUCGCAUGGGAGACUUGUACAUCAAAAAGUCCAACAAAAGUGCGACAGCAUCCUCCUCAGAGACAGAUUCGUUAGGUGUCAGCGGCCCCGAAGCGCCAGAGCUGAAGUCACCACGAGGAGGCGCUGCGGGUUCGUCCAGACCUCACAGUCUCACGCUGACAACCAAAAUCCACUUUGACCAAGGUGUGCGUUCACAGAGGGCUCAUCCUCCUAAAAAGACACCAGUGGGGGAUAGAAGUCGGGAGUCUGGCUCUCAGCCUCCACCUCGGACCGGAGGCAUCCCUGCCAUGCUGCCCAAACCUCCACUCACACCUCUGGUCAAGUUGGUGGGAAAAGUCUACACACUCAAAUGCAGGUUCUGUGAGCGAGUGUUCGAAGGCCCACUGUCAGUGCAGGAGCAGUGGAUCACCCACCUGCAGCAGCACAUCCUGACACUGGGAUACAAAGGCAAAGCUUCUCCUCCAGUCACUCCCGCUCUCAUCAACCCAGUGGCUGUCUAGAGCCGCUCAUGACCAAAGGUUUCUUCUAAGCACAAGUCGAUGAACAAAAACCAGCUGUGCUCCUCUCAGGCUGCUCAGACUAUUCUGAUGUAAAAGAAACUCUCCUAAAAGUUUACGAGGCGACCGUUUCACUGUGACACAUUUUCGAUUGAAUCAGGUGUUGUGAUGUGUCAGUUUCAUCCUGUUUUUUUGUUUUGUAGAGAAGUAUUUGUAGUCGUCAUCAUGUGAAGAUAUUUGUGAAACAAGUUGUACUUCUGCUUCAUGUCUGCUUGUUUUUAAAUAUGUAGGGAUUUUAAAAACUUGCUCUGUAUUUAAACUUGAACUUUUGUGAAACUCUGUGAACAAACUUUUUUUUAAAGUCGUCUGAAGUAUCACCAGCUGCCAUGUCCAUAAUGAUGGAUCACUCAAGGUGAAUAUAAAUAAAAUCUGUGUCCUUCUCCAUGAACCUUAUUGGUUGUCAUCUACUGCUUCUUCCUGGUAAUGCAGUGGUACCUUGGUUUUCGAACGUCCCGGAGUUCGAACAAAAAUUUCAAGAUUUUUUUGCGUCGGAUUUUUAACGAAAAUCCAGAACUCGAACGCCCCAGAAAAA